AUGGGAGCUGAAGCAUCGAAAUCGUCGAAGAAAGCAGAAGUUUCUCAUCUCAACAACGAACAAGUGAAAAGAUUUGAGCAGGAGCUUAAGAAAUUCUCAAAUGGCAGCACUUCAAUCGAUAAAUCUCAAUUCGAUGCAGCUUAUAGCAAACUGCGUCCCGAAACCUCUGCCAUCUUCGAAGCAAUCGGUCAUGGUCAGCAGUGCUCAUUUUCCAGCGUGCUGAUGCUAGCUGACAGUCUACUUGGUGAUGCCUCUGAUCAAUCAACUGCUCUGCUUAAAAUAUUUGGAACCAUCGCUCAUGCCCUGGCUAAAGUUGUAUCUAUCUAUGCUCACCGUCAUCAGCUUAGCGCAGACGAUUCUGCCGCGAUGCUUGAUCAUUUAAUGCUUGAUGCUCCUUCUGAUGACGGACGUUUUGAAAGGUGGUUGGUGGGGAAUUGCAUCGCUUCGCAACUAAUCCUACACGUGUUCUCUCCUCUUGUUUUUGAGGAAGGUCCGUCACUGCAUCCGCUGCUCUCUUGCACUUCAUCUUUGUUCACGCACAGCGGAGCUGUUGUUGUUAACAUGCAUCUACCAGCUGAACGCAGAAAAAACUGGACACUUCUGUUUUCCAGCAUUCUACAUGGAUCCAGUUUUUCACAAAUGUUAAAACGCGUGAAUGGAGAGGGACCGUGUGUGGUCAUUGUGACGUCAACGAACAAUAGGACGUUCGGUUGCUUUGCUUCCGCAGGGUUCCAUUUGGGUCCUACGUAUCGAGGAGAUGCAACCUGUCUCCUGUUUGAAAUUCAUCCAGAAAUCCGGGUGUAUGCUGCAACAGGUCGAUCCGAAAACUAUGCAUACCUCAACUGUCAACAAGCUAGUUUACCGAAUGGUCUGGGUAUCGGCGGUUAUGAGGACGUAUGGCCAUUCUUCAUUCACGAAGAUUAUGGAAAGGGCACUACGCUCGCAAACAUCAGUUCAUUCGAAAAGUGCCACCUCUCCGGAUCAGACCACUUCGAAAUAAAGAAUGUGGAGGUAUGGCGCGUUGGAGAGAAACCUAAGAUCCCCUUCGAGGAAGAAUGCAUAAGAAGUGAAAAAUCAGUAAUCGAUAAGGACCCAGAAGCACGAGCUAUGCUGGAAAUGAGUGGACGGAAUUUACAUUCUGAUGCUUACAGAGAACCGGCACCAUUACUCGAUGAACCUUUUGAUCUAACACAUUCAAAAUGA